GGAGCCGGUGAUAGUGAUGAAGAAGCAGCUGUUGCUGAUGGACUGAUGUUGCUGUGUUGUCUUCACUGGAUUCAGAUACCAUGAGAUUACUGACAUUUAAUGGGAUUACUGCUUUUUUUGGAGGGAUUUACAUUUACGCCGGUGUAUUUGUUCAAGCCAGGAAGGUGUUAAGAUGAAGAGUGUCAGACACGUUAUAGAUGAGAUCAUGCAGCAGGAGAUCAGGCCUCUCCUGGCUGUAGACAUCAUAGAGCAGCUUCAUCGCCAGUUUGCCUUGCUCUCAGGAGGCCGAGGGAAAGAUGGCGCCCCCAUCAUCACCUUCCCAGAGUACUCAGGCUUCAGCGAAGUGCCAGACGACGACUUCCUCAAUGUAGUCACUUACCUGACCAGCAUUCCCAGUCUGGAUGCUGCCAGUAUCGGCUUCAUCAUCAUCAUCGACCGGCGGAAGGACAAAUGGAGCUCAGUAAAGGCCUCUCUGUCAAGGAUCGCUGGGGCGUUUCCUGGAAACCUGCAGCUGGUGUUGGUGCUGAGGCCGUCCAGGUUCUUCCAAAGGGCUAUAGCAGACAUCGGGAUCAAGCUGCACAAGGAUGAUUUUAAAAUGAAGAUUGUGAUGCUGAACUCCCUAUCGGACCUACAUGGCUAUGUGGAUAAAGGUCAGCUGACCCGGGAGCUAGGAGGAAGCCUGGAGUACUGUCACAGUCAGUGGAUACACCACCGAACUGCCAUAGAGAACUUUGCCAUGACUGUGAAAACCACAGCCCAGAUGUUACAGAAGUUUGGAACAGACCUGGCAGAGACGGAGCUGCCCAAUGACGUCCAGUGCACCAAAGACCUGCUGACAGCACACACGGACAAACACAACAACCUCAAGGAUGAACUGAAGAUAGCUUUGAAGCAGGGCACCACCUUGUUAGGUUGUAUCAAGGAGCAGGCAGCAAAGUCAGAGAAUCACAAACUCAACCCAGAUGAGAUGGAGAACCAAACUACUGUGGAAAGGCUCCUAGCUCAGCUGGAUGAGACAGAGAAUGCCUUUGAACAGUUCUGGUGUAAGCACCAUCUGAAACUGGAGCAGUGCCUGCAGCUACGCCACUUUGAACAGGACUUCAGAGAGGUCAAAGUGUCUCUAGACAGUUUGAAGGACAGUCUAACCAGCUUAUCAGUCGUCGGGGAUUGUCUGGCCAGAGUUGAACAGCUGCUGAAGGAACUGAAAACACUGGAGGAGAAGGCUCAGCCAACACUAGAGAAGGCUCAGCUCCAUGCCCUGCACGGCGACCAGCUGAUCCAGAGCAACCACUACGCUGUGGACUCUAUUCGACCCAAAUGUGUAGAGCUCCGGCGGGUCUGCGAUGACUUCAGCAACGAGUCCAAGAAAAAGAUGGAUGUCUUGUCCAAAUCCCUGCAGAUACACAUGGGCAUUGAAAAGGUCAACCAGUGGUGUGAGUCUGGCAUCUACCUGCUAGCCUCCCAGGCUGUGGAUAAGUGUCAGUCACAGGAAGGGGCGGAGUCAGCACUGACCGACAUCGAACGCUUUCUGGAGUCAGCAGAAAAGAACCAACUGACCGAACUGAGGAACCUCCACAACCAGUAUGAAGUUGUCCUGUCUGAGGAUAUCAAGAUCAGUGUCCAGAAGGCACUGAAGCGGCUGGAAGAUGUCCAGGAGAUGUUUGAGAAGCGGCACAUCAGUCUGAAGAGACUGUCAGCUAAACAGACGAGGCCCGUCCAGCCUGUUGCCCCGCGUCCUGAGUCCUCUCCCAAACGGCCCUCACUGAAGAACCCUGCCAGGACUACAGGGAGCCAGCAGCCUCUGGCUCGCAGAGCUUCUGAUAACUCCAACAGCGGCAAGCAGCCAGUCGAAGCUGAUCCCAACAAGAAGAAGAACAUACGACGGGCCAAGGGAGGCAUCAAGAUUGAGGUGAUGCACGAGGAAAGCCAAGGAGGUUCCACCCAUGUCGUUACCACCAAUGAGACAGAGGAGAGUUUGUCCAACAGACGCAGACACAUCAUGACUGAGCUGAUUGAAACAGAGAGGCUGUAUGUGGAGGAACUGCAGAGCAUCAUGGAGGGUUAUUUUGCAGAGCUGGAUAACUCAGAGCUCAGCCACCUCACCCCUCCCUCCCUGGAGAAUAAAAGGGAUGUGCUGUUUGGAAACCUUCCAGAGAUAUAUGAAUUUCACAACAGGACGUUUCUGAGAGAGUUGGAGAACUGUUCAGAGAAACCAGAGCUGGUGGGAACCUGCUUUCUGAAAAGGAAAGAAGAACUUCAGGUGUACGAGAAGUACUGUCAGAAUAAACCCCGCUCUGAACUCCUGUGGAGACAGUGUGGAGACAGCCUUUUCUUUCAGGAGUGCCAGAAGAAACUGGACCACAAGCUGUCUCUGGAUGCCUACCUGCUGAAGCCUGUUCAGAGGAUCACCAAAUACCAACUCAUGCUCAAGGAAAUGUUGAAAUGCAGUAAGAAUGAGGGGAUGGCUGAGCUGGAGGAGGCGUUAGCUACUAUGCUGGACAUCAUCAAGUCUGUCAAUGACUCCAUGCACCAGAUAGCCAUCACUGGCUUUGAGGGAAACCUGAGUGAACUGGGGAAGCUGCUGAUGCAGGGAUCCUUCAAUGUGUGGACUGACCACAAGAAAGGCCACAGCAAGGUGAAGGACCUGGCCAGGUUUAAGCCCAUGCAGAGGCACCUCUUCCUGUACGACAAGAUGCUGCUGUUUUGUAAGAAGCGGGAGGAGACUUCAGACGGACACGAGAAGACGCCAUCCUACAGCUUCAAACACUCGCUCAAGAUGAGCGCUGUGGGAAUCACAGAGAACGUCAAAGGAGACAACAAGAAGUUCGAAGUGUGGUAUAACGGCAGAGAGGAGGUCUACAUCAUCCAGGCUCCUUCCAUGGAUGUGAAAAAUAUGUGGGUGUCAGAGAUUCGUAAAGUUCUUACAGGCCAGCUAGAGGCAUGCAGAGAAGCCAGCCAGCACAACAUCUAUGGAGCACCCAUGAGGAAUGUGCGGAAACUGGCCCUGAGACAGUCGGAUUCAUCAAGUCCAGAGUCAGGCUUCAGGAGGACCAACCCCAGCCCCAACAUGAGACAGAAGAGAGGCUGGACACAGCGACGUCUCCCUUCCAUGGACACAGAGGACUUUGAGACGAUCCCCUCCAGUGCAGAGGAAUCCUCCAACUCUUCAGAGGAGGAAGGCAACAAUAAAAAUGCUGACAGCAGUCGUUUCCGGGUGCAGCUGACUUAUGAGUCCCGUGACGCACGGGACCUCUCGCUGGAGACGGGUGACCUGGUCCAGUUUCUGGAGGAAGCAGAGAACGGACACUGGUUAGUCAAGAACCUUUUAACAGAGAAGACAGGGCUGGUCCCAUCCAGUAUACUGCAAACAACAGCUGACAGAGAUAUCUUCACUGAUUUGUGUACAGCAGCUCUCUCCGACUCGGACGAAACUGAGGCCAGUACGUGGGGAAGUGUGUCUCAGGACAGCAGAUAAACAUAGCUGACCAUUGUGGUUCAUUAUGUUGGACCACAGUUUUAUUGGAUCACAAAAAUAACUGAUAACUCUAACUAGUUUUUCAACUGUAAUUUCCUAAGCUGGACUUUAAAUAUCCAUGACUAUUAGUUUUCUACUUGUAGUUCUUCUGUUGGACUACAAAUACGGCCUGUUCCUGUUUUUUAAAGUUUUUCACGUCUGAUUCACUGAAGAUUCUCAGUGAAGCCUGUGGAAAAAGCUGGAACCUUAACAUGACUGAAUGCCACCAUGGGAAAGGCGUAUCCCCUAAAACUUUACAUUCAGCCAGCUGUCGUCUCUGGGAAACUGAAGACUGGGAGAUGUGGACACUGAACUUCCAACGGUGGGUGAAUUCAGAUUCCAUACUGUAGAAAAUAGAAUUCCAUUGUGGUUGGGCUGGAUACCUGAACUCAAAUCCCAUUUUUGACUUGGAUAACCAUAGGAUAAAAAAGUGAUAAAUUCCAUGUGCUGGUUGUGAGCAGGCCUUGAUAAGGUGCCCUGUUUUGCUGCUACACUGCGCUGAAGCAAAACUUUUAAAGACCAGCUUCUGCCUCUGCUGCCUCGUUUCAGCUGCUUCAGCUUUUCAGGUUCAAGCUGCAGACGCUCCGCAGUAGCUGUAGUCUCCAGAAGAACUUAGAAGUUAUCUUGCUUGCCUUUCCUCGCCCUGGUAGAGUACCUGCAUAAUGUUACGUCAUAUCAGAUAUAAUCUCUCAAUGUGCCAGCUCUCACACCCUGUAGACCUGCAGAUUAUCUAUAUAAAUUGCUCUAAAAGGCUGAAAGAUAUCUCCCUUUCAUAUAUGAAUUUAUAAUCCAUAUGUUCUUCUCUGUGCACUGAAGGAGCGAAACAACAUAUAGUUUGCUCUGACUGGAAUGAACUUGUAUUAUAUCCUGUUUAUUUGUUUGUAGUCACAUGGGGCAGAAACUGCCUUAUAAAGUUGAUAUGGCAACAUAUCUAAACACAUUAGCAAACACUUGCCUCAGUAGACAACAAGCAGACAUGGUGUUACAUUGGAAAUAAUUUGUUUCUAGAAACCUGACCAGUGUAAGUCUCAUGUUAACUCUCCUUAGCUGGGUUUUGGCCUUCACCAACUUAUGAGAAAUAUAACUGGGUAAAUUCUCUAUGUAGAGACAUAGAAAAUCAACAGUUACUAACUUUGUUUGUCUGCCUUCUGGUGCCAAACAGGAUACUGUGGAGCAUGUGUAUAGUAUCUUGUUUGCCUAAAGCAUCUUUCUGCUGCAUCCAGAAACAAGGCCGAUGAGAAUAACAAGACCAAAACAACCAAAACAAUGAGCUAAAAGAGGCUAGCAUUACCUGUAGAGAUGAGCUGAGCUGUAGAGCAGGGUGCUAAUUCUCUGUGGAGUUGUUACUACAAGCAACCCUUUUACAUUAAACAGUCAUUUAACUCAUUGUUCAUAUAAAUGUAUUGGUUGGUCCAGCUGGGAAAAAAAUACAAACAAAAAAGAAAGUUUGUUACCAGGGGUGCAAAAGGUGAGAAAAUAGAAUUCUAAAAGAAUUUCCCUUAUUAGCUUAUGACAGCUAAAUUACCUUCCAGCAGAAAAUACACGUGAGAGAUAAAUCCAUCAUAAUGUCUUCAGUUUAUUCUUUAUACAUGUGAAUAGCAGACGGAAGAAGCCAAAUGGCUGUUGAUGCAAAUUAAGCAUCGCUGCAGCACAUCUUCUCUCUAGAUGGAUGGGGUGCUGGUGUAAAUCAUGUUUUAGGAAACAGAUUUAUCUCUCUGACAUUUUAUGCUACUUGGACUCAUCUCCACAUAAUGGGAUAUUCACUAGCAAGCUUUUUGAGAACAUAUGUUGUGAGUCAGGGAACUGUUUGGCUAUUUCCUGCAAGUGAUUUUUCAGGGAAAUGCUCUUUAGCGAGCAGCACCUGGGUUGUUUCCUAACAUCAGUUGCAUAGGCUUCACCUGUUCAAAGAGGGAAAUAACACUGUACACUGAAUGCCAGCUGGGGAUUACGGUAAAUGUAAAUAAACAUCAGUGUUUAUUUACAUUUGCAGUGCAGUCUAAUAUUGCAUAUUUGUUUGUGUAAAGAUCAUUUUUCUGUAUCACUGCUGUAUUGUUUUACAUCAUUCUCCGUCAGAGGCUUUUUGCCAUUGUAUUGCGUUUCUACUGACAUAUGGAGUUCUGUGGACUAUUCACUGAAACAUCCAGCACCACUGUAUUUACAAAGAGAUGGCCUGUCAUCACAGGAUGGAGCCCAGACAGUUCAUAUUCGUUACAGUUUAAAUGACAGCUCCUUUGAUAUACAAUCAGUCUGUACUUAUUAGAAAUGGAAAGUGGAAACCAAAAGGAUAUCAAAAGGCUAAUGAUUCAUCUGAUGUCUGAAUACAUGUCUCAGUGUAAGACUUAGUUACUCUGUCAGAAAGCUACAGAAAGUAACUGUGAUCAGUCAGAGUUUAAGCACCCUGAGCUCUGUAUUCAGUAAUCAAAAAAUGAAUGGCUAGAUGAUGCUUAGAAGGAUAGGUACAUGAGAGAGUGGAUGAGUGGAUGAGUGGAUGGCUGGGUGUAUGGCUGGAUGGAGGGAGGAAGGGGAUGAGUAGGUAGGUAAGUGGGUGGUGAAUGGAUGGACUGGUGAUUGGUUAGGAGGGUGGAUGGAUGGAUGCCGGAUUCGUGGACGGAUGAAUGGAUGCAUGGAUGAUUCAACUGAUGGGGGUUGGCUGGUCGAAGAGGGAUGGAUGACUGGAUAGCUAGGUAGACUGAUGGGUGGUGGAUGGAUGGAUGAAUGAUGCAUUGAUGCAUAUGGGUAGUUGAUGGAUGGGUGAAUGGAUGGAUGGAUGGAUGGAUGGAUAGGUGGUCAGAUGGACUGACAUAAAAUCUUUGAUGCUAACUGGGUUACCAUCUGUAACAGAGGGCAGAACUCUAUUAAAGGUCAUUUACAUUGAUAUCAGUCUAAUUGUAAAGAAGAAGACUCCUCUUGAACAUGCUGUAUAUUAUGUUUAUCUUAUGUUAAAUGAAAAAUAUUGUAUCUUUGUAAGAAAAAUAUUUCAGUUGUACUGCAUCCUGCUGCAAUUUAAUUGCAAUUUACCAAUAUUAUAGAAUGUAUGAAGUCUGUAUAUUGUAUCUGUCAUUGUAAUGUACAUAUUGCUUCAUUGU